CGCAGCUCAGCUCUGAGCCCGGUCGGUUGUGGCAACGCUUGGCAAACCACUCUGAGAAUUAUAUAUUUUUUAAAAUUCCCAAUUGACUCUUGCCACAGUCUAUACAGAUACAGUUAUUUACAAGUUAUUGGUUUUUCCUUCAUUUCCAUUUUAAACCAACAAAAUGCGUCGCUCAGGCGCUUUUGCUGUCAUCGCUUGUGCUACUCUGGCCCUACUAAAUAUGGUCGAUCCGGUAAAAAGUGAGGGACAAUACACAAUCGUUGGCCCGGGAACCAUACACUCUCAUCGCGAUUACAAUGUGUCUGUCGCCGUGCAUCACACCAAGGAGCCAGUUACCUUGAAGAUUGGUAUUACGGGACCCUCGUACAAUGAGACGCAAACGGUCGAGUUGCCAAAUGCCGAUGAGUUCAAGCAGAUCACCUUCACGUUGCCUCCUCUUAAGUCGGGUGACUACAACUUAACCGCAGAGGGUGUCUCUGGACUUGAGUUCAAGAACUCCACGCAGCUCAGUUUGGUAGAGUUUAAGCCCUAUGUCAAGGUACAAACCGAUAAGGGCAAAUAUAAGCCCGGUGACACCAUCAACUACCGCGUAAUCUUCCUAGAUGAGAACCUUAAGCCGAGUUUGGCCGAAGACGAUGUAGUUGUAUGGUUCGAGGAUCCCAAACGCAAUCGUAUCAAGGAACUUAAGCACAUCAAGACCCGUGGAGGAGUCUAUACCGGAAAGUUCGAGUUGUCAGACUUUGCCCUCUUGGGCUCAUGGACACUUUCGGUGCAGAAUGGCGAUUCAUAUUCGGAUGAGCGGGUCUAUUUUGAAGUUGAGAAGUACGUACUCCCCAAAUACACCGUCACAAUGGAUGCCACUCAGCAUGUAUCAGUGAAGGAUGGUGACAUGCAGGUUGUUGUAAAAGCAAACUACACGUAUGGCAAACCAGUAAAUGGCAAGGUACUUCUCAAUGUACACACCGACGAAUCAAGCACCUGGUCCACCGUAAAUGGUGAAUCUGUCCGCACAGACACGCCGGGGCACGCUCUCAUCCGAACUGCUGACAUGGUCAACGGCAAGGCGAAAUUUGAUAUUAAUGUUAAGGAAUUCGCUAGUUUUUUGCCAUAU